UUGCCAGCUGUACUUGAUUCAGAGAAGCCACAAAGUUACCUGUCUGUCAGAAGAGAUGGAUUGGAAGGAGGCAAGGUCAGAACAGGCAGUCAUGCAGAAAUACAACAGUCAGCUUUCUCAGGACAGAAAACUCGCUGAGCUGAGUGUGGAUGAGUUCCUGACUUCUGGAUUUGAUUCUGAUGCGGAUGAUGAGUUGCAGGAGGAAGCCUUGAAUUCCAGAGAGGAUGGGGUUCAUAAAAAGCUCAGCCAGAAUGGGAAGGCCCCCGUCAAGAAGAAAGGAGCUGUGGAAAAGAAAGUGAAGACAGGGAAGGCUUCCCAACACAAAGACCAGCUCUCCCGGUUGAAGGAACGGGAUCCGGAAUUCUACAAAUUCUUGGAAGAAAACGACCGCACGCUGUUGGAUUUCGAUGCCUCCGAUAGCUCUGAUGAAGAGGACGGGCUUCACGUGUUGCCUGAAAAACUAGAGGAAGCCAGUGAUGAUGAAGAUGAUGAAGAAGAGCAAACCAGCAAACGGAAAAAAGUGGACUUCAUCAAUGUAAAUUUGAAGAUGGUGGAGCAUUGGAAAGCAGCUGCAGAGAAGCAGCUCACAGCAAAGCUCUUCCACGAGAUCACCCAGGCUUUCAAAGCCUGCGUGGUAACAGCCAAGGGGGAUGCCUCGGGGCUGGAACCCGGCAAGUACAAAGUCACUGACGGCACAGUGUUCAAUACCCUGGUGUCCUUCUGCAUUCGUGAUCUUUUUCAACUGCUGCAGAAAUUGCUUCAGGUGAAAGCUGCAAAAAACAAAUCCAAGUUGGUCCUUCCCUCUUCCAGUCGGCUUUGGGGAAAGCUUCGCUUAGACAUCAAAACUCACCUUGGCUGUACCAUCCAGCUCCUCUCAUGUUUGACAGAAGCCUCUGUGGGAGCGGCUGUCCUCCAGCACGUCAGCUCCAUCGUGCCUUAUUUCUUGACUUUUCCAAAACAAACCCGAAUGCUGCUCAAGCAAGCUACCCGUCUCUGGAGCACAGGCGAGGAAACCGUCAGGGUGCUGGCUUUCCUGGUGCUCAACAAAAUCUGCCGGCAUAAAAAAGAUGUCUACUUGAACCCAGUUCUCAAGCAAAUGUAUAUUUCCUACGUGAAGAACUCCAGGUUCACCUCCCCCAAUGUCCUCCCUAUGAUCAACUUCAUGCAACGGACUCUGACGGAGAUGUACUCCCUCGACACCUCCAUCUCCUACCAGCAUGCCUUCGUCUACAUCCGCCAGCUGGCCAUCCAUUUGCGCAGUGCCAUGGCCGUGAAGAAGAAGGAAAACUACCAGUCUGUUUACAACUGGCAGUAUGUCCAUUGCCUGUACUUCUGGUGUCGGGUCCUAAGCACCAUCCAUCCGAACGACAUCAUGGAGCCUUUGAUCUACCCAUUGACCCAAGUCAUCAUAGGCUGCAUUAAGCUGGUGCCCACAGCUCGCUUCUACCCCCUGCGCAUGCACUGUGCCCGGGCCCUGACCCUGCUGUCGGAGAGCACUCGGACAUUCAUUCCUGUCUUACCCUUUAUCUUGGAGGUUUUCCAGCAGGUAGACUUCAACAAGAAACCGGGACGCAUGAGUUCAAAACCCAUCAACUUCUCUGUUAUCUUGAAGCUCUCCAAUGCCAAUCUUCAGGAGAAGGCUUUCCGGGAUGGCCUCAUUGACCAGCUAUACGACCUGACUCUGGAGUAUCUUCAUGGCCAGGCCUAUACAAUCGGUUUUCCAGAGCUCGCCCUCCCAACUAUUCUCCAGCUGAAGUCGUUCCUGAAGGAGUGCAAAGUUGCCAACUACUGCAAGACGAUCCGUCAGCUCUUGGAGAAGCUGCAGGAAAACUCUGCCUACAUCACCGGCAAGCGGCAGAAAGCCACCUUUGGCGUCGCUAACCGGGAGGCUGUGGAGCAAUGGGAGAAAAAGGUCAGAGAGGAAGGGACUCCGCUGAUGACAUAUUAUGUGCAUUGGAAGAAGCUGAGGGAGAAGGAGAUUCAGCUGGAGAUCAGUGGCAAAGAGCGGAUGGAAGAUCUGAACCUACCUGAAAUCAAGCGGAAGAAGCCGGGCGAAGAGAAGGAGGACGAUAAGAGGGAGUUCAAGGACCUUUUUGAGCUGGACAGCGACUCUGAAGAGGGGGAAGAUGCUGGCGGUGGCCUGUCUGUCAAAGGGAAAUCAAAGGCCAAGAAGGGCAGUUUAGAUGACACUUCAUUUGGCAGCAGUGAGGAAGAGGAUGACAGCGAUGAAGGAGAGUACAAAGUGGAGGACGAAGAAGAGGAUGAUGAUGACGAGAGCUCCAGUGAUUCAGAUGGGGGAGGCAAAGGGGCCGGCUGCAAGGGCAUCGGGAAACAGCUGUCACGGGCGGAGCUGAAGCAGCUGGCGCAGGGACCCGAAGACAUGGUGGAAGACUUGGACUUCUCUGAUGCUGACUGACAGCUGCGCCAACAGACAACUGGGAUGGGUAUUGUGAGGGGCAAGGGGAAUAGAUCUGGAGGUGUUGCGUUUGUGGUAGGGUAACCCACAUGCCCCUUUAAAGCAGGGGCAGGAAGUUGCUCUGCUGAGGCCACCUACCCCGUCCCCCAAGGCACCACUUGAAACGUGAAAAUCUUGUGCAGCAGAGUUUUAGCGAAACGCAGUAAAAUUUGUGGCUUUGCCAGCAGCAGUAAAGUGGCUUAGGCAAGGAGAUAAAAGGGCCCUUGUUAAAACCUGCCACUUUAUAAAUAACAUGGGGAGGGCGGAUCCGCCACCUCCAGAUCCCUGUUUUGUUGGAAGGAAGCCAGCCCUAAGCCCACCAGCACGGCCAUAGCUUGUGUUGUCCAUUAUUAGCCAACCACCGCUUCCAGUGGGCAAGCACCAGCAAUUAACUGGUGGUAGGUAUCUCUUAACAUUCUUACCUAUUCCACAGAGCUUCUAGGGGCGCAGAAGUAUUUCUUUGUCAGCCAGUGCCCUCUGCCAUUUAAACCCCACCUGAUACAGCUACGCUAAGCAGAUUCUAGGAAAGAGAAGGGUGCCUAUGGUCUCUUCAUAGUGGGCAGAAGAGACUAUGCACUGGGAACCGUAGUUUGCUAGAUCCACCUUUGUUCUUACCUCCCCUGCCUGACUCAACUCUGUAUUAUUUUUUGUACUUUUGCAAGACUCUUAAGGACACAGCCGGCCCAUGGAGCAACCAUUUUAUAAAUUAAGUGAUUUCUUUAUUAUUAUUUAAAUCGAUUUGCUGGAAAGCGUUGGCCUGGAUGUGAUGGAUAACAACCAUUUACAAUAUAUAAAGAAGCGAAGGUACCAU